AUGGGUGACGAAGAGGAGGAGGUCCCGCUUCCCUCCCCUCGGCACGUACGCAUCCCAGAGGACAUCCGACCUCACAGCGGCAGCAGCGAAAAGCCUCUCAAAUCUCGACGGCGCACCUCGCCUUCGCCCCGGAUACCUAUCAUCACGAGGAUCAUCCAGAUUCUCCCGGUAGACCUCAGUUGGAUACCUCCGAAUCUUACCUGGUCAAAGUUCAAGCCUGUCAUUCGAUGCGCCGUAGUGUGUUGGGUGUCUGCGUUGUUGAUGAUAAUCAGACGCACGGCAGCGUUGAUGGGCACGGCUAGCUUUCUUAUAUUGAUAGCGGCCUUCCUUGAUACCCCCCAUGACCCAUUCCUAGCUGUCCUAGAGCGCGAGGUCAUAUUCCUCACGCUUGUCUGUGCUGCUUGGGCCUGGAGCUGUCUAGGAAUCUUUCUAGCAAACCUUGCGAGGACAAACAUCGACUACUUCGCUAAUCCAGCUGACGUCCUCGCUGCUCGGUAUGUCGAAGCAGGUCCGACCAUCAUUCUCGCAGUCUUUGUCUUCCUUGGAAGCGCAUUCUUCCUCUAUUUGAAGGCCAGAAUGGGCCCUGGACCAUACAUCUUCGCAACGGUUUUCUCUUGCAUUUGCCUCGACAUCUGUUUGACUACCCAGGUCCUCUAUCCAUAUCCGUUCUAUCUCAUAGGUCAAGCGAUUGUAAUACCUCUGGCUUUCCACUGCGCGCUGUGCAUCUUCUUCGCGGCCACCCUCUUCCCGACUACAAUCUCGGCGCGUUAUUGCCAGACAGUCAUAGGCGUACUCGGUCCUCUGAACGAUUUUCUGGUGCAACACCGUGCCGUGCUUGCCCAGGACCCUUCGAGCGAUCAGUUCAAAAACACGGUGAAGAAUAUCCAAGGUGCACUCAGGAAGUCCGAAGGAGGCCUUGGUCCGGCCGGCAUGACCCACCGCCUGCUCAAGCAAGACAUUGUCUACGGCCGCUUCUCCCCCGCGCGCUUGACGGACUUUCAGAUCUCUAUCCGCCGUCUCGUCACUCGCGCGGACGGCAUGGUCGUCUUUUUCACCCUCAUUGAUCCUACUCGGGAGCGAUUCCCACAGACGCCCAUACCCUCGCGACCGAUGACCCCGCGUAGCAGCACCCCACUGAGCACGCGUCCCGGGACACCCAUAGUCCCCGGGUCGCCCCCGAACGGCCCUAGAGACGACCUUGAACAUGUCGCGCGAAGGCGGAACGCACACCGGCGUGGGCUUGAGCCUCCGCGGAUGAACGGGAACCUCUCGCGCUACCUCCAUUCACGCCUGACGCACCACAAGGAAGAACACCACGACCACCACCUGCACUUCUCGCUGCUCAGCCUCGCGCACGCCCUUGCACCCCAGCGCGGGUCCAUCCUAUCGCCUGAGACGGCGGUGGGCGUGUUCGAGUCCCAGAGGUAUAUGGCGAUGGAGGCAACGCGGUUCCAGGACAGGCGUGAAUACACAGACCAGUUCGUCGCGCUGCUGCACGAGUCGUGCGAUGAGCUACUGGAGAUGUCGCAAGAGGUGCUCAAGGGCGUUCAGACUUGGUUCGCAGAGGCGCGGUCGACGAGUUUCGGACGGCGAAAGACAGUCGAGAGGAUUAGGGCGGAGCGCCUGGCGAAGCUCGAGGCGCUGAGCAGUAGGGUCAAGGAGGUGUGGACGAGAUUCAAGAAAGAGAAGAGGCUCCGCGUUCUGGACCCUUAUCGUCGCGCGUUCGACCCGAAACAUUUGAACGUCGACGGCCCCGAUCCCCCGCCACAUCGCUAUCUAUUCCAUUGUUUCAUGUAUCAAUAUCAUCUUCUCCGGUUCUCAGGCAUUCUGACAGAAAUUCUCGACAAUAUAAUCAGUCUCGAGCAGGGCUGUAAGAGGUCGAGGCUUUGGUGGCCGAACGAGCCUUUCCGCCGCAUCUUGCAGUGGGGUGCUUCUUCGACAGGCACCGACGGGAUGAAUGAAGGUGACGAUGAGGAUCCCGAUGUCAUCCAGGGUAUAGACGCCGCGUGGGCCGAAGAUCUUGGUAUGACCGGUCGACGAGACCCGGAUGCGCUACCUCCCACGAACGUUUUCCAGUGGAUCAUGCACGGGAUACACGACUUGCUUGCAGGCCUAACGCGUGGAAAUGCACUGUUUGCGCUGAAAGCGGGAUUAUUGUCUAUCAUCUUGUGCGUACCUAGCUUCUUGCGAAGAACAGCGCAUUUUGCGUACGCGCAAAGAUUCGUCUGGGGCCUAUUCAUGGGUCAGCUUACCCUUGCUCGGUUCCGUGGUGACACGACGUUUGGGCUCUUCGCUCGAAUAUUCAGCACCACGCUUGGCGGCGCCCUCGGCCUGGCCCUGUGGUACAUCUCUGCGGGAUCUGGGAACGGCAACGCAUAUGGGCUGGCCGCUGUGAUUGGAGUCUCGUCGCCAUUCCUCUUCUUUUGGCGUCUCUAUUGGCCGGUACCCCCCAUGACGAACAUCAUCUUCUUCGUCACCGCAGGUCUAGUGGUUGGUUUCUCGUGGCAGAACAACCAUACGAUUCUGCCGUUCCACUACCAGGGUUGGGGCGUAGCAUGGAGGCGUUUUGUCUUGGUUGUGUGUGGUGUUGUCGCGGCCUUCCUCUUCUCUUUCCUGCCGCCCUCAACGACCCUGAGGAAAUAUCAGCGGACUAUGAUGUCUACAACGGUUGCAGAGCUGGGAGCAGUAUACUGCUCUAUUGUAUCGUUCGCGAAUACUCGAGAACAUCCAGAGGUAUCGAGAGCAGAAAUUACACAGAGCUUGGUAGCCAUUCGGCUGAAGCUUAAACGCUCUAUCAUUUUGAAGACGAAUAUUGUAUACGAGUUCUCGCUCAGGGGGCGAUGGCCAUCUGAGCGUUAUCAAGCGAUCCUGGACCACCAACUGCAAAUAUCGAACCUCCUGUCACAUUUAAUGUCUGUAUUGGAGCACCUGGAACCCGCGUGGUCCAGAGCCUUCUUGCUACGAACACGAUUCCUCGACGCCGACUUUCAGGGUGACGUCCUCGCGGUGAUUAGCAUGAUCUCGACCGCGCUUCGCACAGGGAAUCCACUACCCCAGAUUACACCUUGCCCGCUGCUUGACAGGUUCAUGGUCCACACACAUGGUCUCAACAUCAUUCGCCAAGAAGCAGACGAUGACUAUGGGCUACCGAGGACGAUGACCAUCGACACGCUCGCGAACGAACAAUACUUGCGAGUGGCAUUUUCUGUCGGCGUCACCACUGCAUUUGGAAUCGUCCUGAGACUGGACAAGUUGAUGGUCGCCACGAAGGAGCUUGUAGGGGAGCAAUAUCACAUACAUGGCAUCGGGGUACCUGAACCGAAGAGUGCCGGGCCAACUACUCCUGUCGAUCGCCCCGCGAAGGAUGCAUAG